CUUUUCUAUUCACAUAUUAAAUCGUUUCUUUUCCAUUACACAUACCUCAUAGAACCCUUACCAGAAAGAACAACAAUAUUCGAUAUCAUCGAUCUCUUUAAUCAAUAACACCAACAACGACAUCAGUAACAAUAUCAAGAAAACAAUGAAUGGCGCCAUUGAAUUGAUCAACAAAAUCCAAGAUGUCUUGACGAGUAUUGGUGGUGGUGAUCUGGACCUACCUCAGAUCAUCACUGUGGGAUCUCAAAGCAGUGGCAAAUCAUCAGUAUUGGAGAAUAUCGUGCAACGUGAUUUUCUUCCUCGUGGCAGUGGUAUUGUCACACGUCGACCUUUGGUAUUGCAACUCGUCACUUUGGCCAAUGAUGCUCCUGAUUAUGCUGAAUUCCUUCAUGUUCCCAAGCAAAAGUUUUUCGAUUUUGAUAUGGUGAGAAUGGAAAUCGAACAAGAUACCGCACGCGUUACCGCUUCCAAUAAGGGCAUCUCUAGACAGCCUAUUCAUCUCAAGAUUUAUUCAAAACAUGUCCUCAACUUGACUUUGAUUGAUUUACCUGGUUUGACUCAGCUCCCAAUUGAUGAUCAGCCUGCUGAUAUUGAACAUCAAAUUAGACAACUUGUAUUAGAUUACAUAUCAAAACCAAACAGUAUUAUCCUAGCAGUGACACCAGCAAAUACGGAUCUGGCCAACUCUGAUAGUUUGAAAUUAGCUCGACAAGUGGAUCCAACAGGAAGACGAACACUAGGAGUGGUGACAAAGUUGGAUUUGAUGGAUGCUGGAACUCAUGCCUUGGAUAUUUUGUCAGGUCGAUUCUUUCCCUUGAAACUUGGAUUUGUUGGUGUGGUUAACCGUAGUCAGCAAGAUAUUUUGACAAAGAAACCUAUGAAGGAAGCCCUCAAGGCAGAAGAACGGUUUUUUCAACGUCAUCCUGCUUACAGAUCUGUAGCAAAUCAAUCAGGGACUUUAUUUUUGACAAAGCAAUUGAAUAAUAUUUUGAUUGCACAUAUCCGGGAAAGUUUACCUGAUUUACGAUCCAAACUUAGUACUUUAAUUGGUCAAACACAACAUGAACUUGCACAGUAUGGUGAUCCGGCAUUUAUUGGAAAAGAGCAUAGUGGAUCUUUGAUUCUCAAAUUAUUGACACUUUUUGCCAACGAGUUUGUUGCAUCCAUAGAUGGUACUUCUUCUGAUAUUUCCACUAAAGAAUUAUCUGGAGGGGCCCGUAUUUAUUAUAUCUUUAACAAUAUCUUUGGUCAAGCAUUAGAUGCUAUUGAUCCAUGUGCUAAUCUAAGCAAUGAAGAUAUUCGAACGGUUAUUCGCAAUUCCACUGGUCCUCGAUGUUCUCUCUUUGUUCCUGAAAUGGCCUUUGACUUAUUGAUUCGUCCACAAAUCAAAUUAUUGGAAGCUCCUAGUUUAAGAUGUGUUGAAUUGGCUUUUCAAGAAUUAUCCAAAAUAUGUCAUGCAUGUGAAAACAAGGAAAUGCUACGAUUCCCAAAACUUCACGCUAAAUUGAUUGAAAUAGUAUCUGAUUUAUUACUGGAACGAUUAUCUCCUACGUCAGAUUAUGUGGAAAGUUUGAUCGCUAUCGAAUGCGCAUAUAUUAAUACCAAUCAUCCUGAUUUCCCUGGUGCUACUGCAACCAUGGCAGAACUUCAGAAACGUUCAUCUUCUUUUUCUUCAUCAUCUUCUUCCUCAUCGUCUUCAUCACGUAAAAAUCAGUUACAGGUACCGUCGAUCAAUGGUAUGGAUUAUCAUCGACGAAACUCAUCAUCACCUAGAAACGAUUCUUUAUUGAAUUAUUUUUUCGGUUAUACAAAUGAUAAAUCAACUUUACAUCAUCCAUCCGUAUUUUCUGAAUUACCACCUUCGCUUGAAAAAACAUUUACCAACAAUUUAUCCAUUGUAGAAGAUCAUACCCAAGUAUCCUCACCAUUAGAGAAAGACAUGAUAGAAGUCAAACUGAUACGUAAAUUACUGACAGCGUAUUUCAACAUUGUACGACGAUCGAUUCAAGACCUGGUUCCGAAAGCCAUCAUGCAUCUCCUUGUCAACUAUACUCGUGAAACUGUGCAAAACCGUCUGGUCACCUCAUUAUAUCGUGAAGAACUGUUUGAUGAUUUAUUGCAAGAGGAUCCUGUCAUGGCCGCCGAUCGACAACGAUGCAAGACCAUGUUGGAUGUAUACAAAAAAGCAUUUGUUAUAGUUAGUGAUGCCUUGUAGUUAAGUAUUAGAGAAGAAAUAAAACCAUUUGUAUUUAUUCAUUAGAUAUGAUUAUUUUUUUUUAUUUAUUAUUAUUUGGAUGUAAUGGAAUAAAAUAAAUAUGUAGGAAGAAGAAUAUAUAUAAAAAAAUAAUAAUAAUACAAGAGUAAUCCAAAGAAAUGAGUAUAUAAUAAAUAAGAAGUAAUGAGAAUAUAUAAUCAAUAAUUUUUUUUUUUUUUUAGAAAAAAAAAAAAAAAA